CUCUCUCUCUCUCUCUCUCUCUCUCUCUCUCUCUCUCUCUCUCUCUCUCUCUCUCUCUCUCUCUCGAUGGCUCACCUACACCACACCACAGCAGACAUGCCCAGCCCUCCACACGCUGCCUGACACACCAGCACCAGCAACACGCUCGUCUCAUAGAGCCCGGCUGACGCCUCACUCAUAGGCAGCCGAGACAGCCAGAGGACUCGUGGAGGUAGAAAAGAGCAGACCCAGAGGGAGCAAAGGACAUGAUCUAAACAAAACAAAACAGAAAAGAGUCAGUGACUCACUGAUGGAGAAAAGACCAGAGGACAUCAGCUGAACUGAACUAAAAAAAAAUGAGGCAGUAACACACUGAGACAGAAGAGAGCAGAGGACAUCAGCUGAACUGAACUUAAAAAAAUGAGCCAGUGACACUCUCAGUGAGAACAGAGCACAGAAGACAGACCAGCCCAGGAGCUGAAUUGAGCCUUGAGCCAGUGGCACACAGGUGGGGUUGUGGUGGUGGACACGGGUGGGUGGGUGAGUGGGCAGGCAGGUGGUUGGUUGGGGGAGUGGAGAGGGCUGAGGGUGCUGCCGCAUGCACCCCAAAGGAGCCGGAGCGAUGACACAGAAUGGAGGGUCGACGCCGGUGCCCAACGGCUCCCCGGCCAAGGCAGACGAGCUGAAGAUUGUCAUCGUGGGUGACGGGGGCUGUGGCAAGACGUCGCUGCUCAUGGUCUAUGCCAAAGGAGACUUCCCGGAGAAAUACGCCCCUUCUGUCUUUGAGAAGUAUGUUACAACGGUGUCUCACGGUGGCAAGGAGAUUCAGCUGAACCUGUAUGACACGGCCGGCCAGGAGGACUAUGACCGCCUGCGGCCACUCUCCUACACGGACGCAGACAUGGUGUUCAUCUGCUACGAUGUCAUGAACCCCACCAGCUACGACAAUGUCACCAUCAAGUGGCACCCUGAGGUUCGUCACUUUUGCCGGGACAUUCCGCUCGUUGUGAUUGGCUGCAAGACAGACCUGAGGAAGGACAAGGAGUGCAGCAGGAAGCUGAAGGCAUCGGGCCUGGCGCCCAUUACCUAUCUCCAGGGGGAGGAGACUCGGCAGCUGAUUAACGCCGACCUUUAUCUGGAAUGUUCGGCCAAGUACCGGGAGAACGUGGAGGACAUAUUCCGAGAGGCCACCAAGAGAGCGCUGGCCGCCCGCCGCAAGAACAGGCAGAGGAGGAAGAAGAAGAUAUGCUCCCUCCUCUGAGAUCUAAAGAGAACAGGCAGAGGAGGAAGAAGAAGAUAUGCUCCCUCCUCUGAGAUCUAAAGAGAACAGGCAGAGGAGGAAGAAGAAGAUAUGCUCCCUCCUCUGAGAUCUAAGGAGAUCACACCAGGACCCCGUUUCUCAAAGGCAUCUUUGCUAACAAGUUAGCAACUUAGUAAGUUGGCAAUGGGAACUUGCACUGCGACCAAGGAAGUUGCUAACUUGGUUAGCACCGACACUGUCCAGAAACGCACCCCAGGAACCAUAGCCUACGGGAAAGAAAACAGAAAACAGGAAAUAUAUUCCCUCCUGUGAAACGAUACAAUCACAAGGAACUGUA